AUGGAGGCCACAAAGAAUGGAAUCUAUUGGAGACUUUUUCUAUUUUCAUGCCUGUUUUUGCAGAGUUCUUCUCAAGACUUUGGCGGGCAGACACAGUUCAUUUGCACGUCCGUACCCAAGGAUAUGGACAUAUGCGCGGCCACCUUACAGAACAGUAUGCCUGGAGAGGACUUGAAGAACACAGUUAUGCAGCUGAGGGAGACGGUUUUGCAGCAGAAAGAAACGAUCAUGAACCAAAAAGAGACCAUCAGAGAACUAACCUCAAAGUUGGCUCGGUGUGAGAGCCAGAGCGGUGCCGAGCCCGGGGACGCGCGGCCAGGGAGCAGGAGGAAAGAGGCUGGGACCAAAAACACAAUGGGGGAUGUAUCUAGGGGCCCCGCUGAUACUUUGACGCAACUAUCACAGACUUUACAGUCACUGAAGCAGAGAUUAGAAAAUCUUGAGCAAUUUAGCAGAAGUAACAACUCGGUGCAGGCGAACAGCCUCAAAGACCUGCUCCAAAGUAAAAUCGACGACUUGGAGAAGCAGGUGUUGUCCCGUGUGAACAGCAUCGAGGAGGGGAAGCCCGGACUCCGGAAUGAGACGGAGCAGCGUGGGAGAGUGGAGUCCACCCUCACGUCUUUACAUCAGAGGAUCACCGACCUGGAGAAAGGUCAGAGAGAAAACAGGCCUCUGGAUAAAUUCCAGCUCACAUUCCCGUUGAGAACCAACUACAUGUACGCAAAAGUGAAGAAGAGUUUGCCUGAGAUGUAUGCCCUCACUGUGUGCAUGUGGCUCAAAUCCAACGCAUCCCCGGGAGUGGGCACACCUUUCUCCUACGCAGUUCCGGGUCAGGCCAACGAGCUAGUGCUCAUCGAGUGGGGAAACAACCCAAUGGAGAUACUCAUAAAUGAUAAGGUUGCAAAGCUGCCUUUUCUGAUCAAUGAUGGAAAGUGGCAUCAUAUCUGUGUGACCUGGACCACUCGUGAUGGUGUUUGGGAAGCUUUCCAAGAUGGUGUCAAGAGGGGGAGUGGAGAGAAUCUGGCACCAUAUCAUCCUAUCAAACCUCAAGGCCUGCUGAUCCUCGGUCAAGAGCAGGACACGCUUGGAGGAGGAUUUGAUGCCACGCAAGCUUUUGUUGGAGAUCUGGCAAAUUUUCACAUCUGGGAUCGUAAACUAUCGAUGGGAGAGAUUUAUAAUCUAGCGACAUGCAGCAGCAAAGCGCAAGUAGGCAAUGUUUUUGCAUGGAUGGAGACGAGCCUUGAUAUUUACGGAGGUGCCUCGAAGUGGACAUUUGAAGCUUGUCGCCAGCUCAACUGA